UUCGUCUCAACAUGGAAACAAUGAAAAUUAAACACAUUUGUUUUCUUACAUGGUUCCUUUUGUCCGCGUUUUCGGUAACAAACGCGAUUCCCAAAAGUGACAUUAAAAACUUGUGCAGAGAGACGGCUGAUGCAGCGUUCUGCCGGAAUAAACUCAAUACAGAUCCACGAAUAGAAGCCGCAAGAGAUCUCGGAGACGUGCUUGUAAUUGCGAUUCAAGUGAAUGACGCAAAGACCCAUAUUAACAGCGUCAGUGGAGAGUACAGUGGUCCGAACGGGAGGAGACGGAUUAAUGUUUGCAAUAAGAAUUACGAUAUCGCUUUGGCUAGGUUCAAGGCUGCUUGGGAGAACGCACUGAAAAAAUCAUUUGCGGAAGCAAACAGACUUACAGGUGUUGGCAACAACGCUGUGAAUGACUGCGAAAAUGGAUGGGGAAGGGGUGGCCAGAGACAAAAGUCCCCUCUCACUUUAUAUAACACAAAUGUUACAAAACUAUAUGGAAUCAUUCGUCUUCUUACCCAAAAGCUUGGGAUUAGAAUAUAAUACAUUUUUUUUUUUUGAUCGGAGAAUAUAAUACA